AUGGCGCCGGUGCCGGUGAGGACGCCGGCGGACAUGGCGAUUCCUGGUGAUGCGGGGGCGAUGGUGGCGUGGUCCCGGUCGGCGUGCGCGGACGACUGCUGGUGCUGCUCCGGGUCGAACCGGGACAGCUGCCAGAAUACCAGAGGGUCAUUGCUUUCAACUGAUCUGCCGUUGGAUACUGAAAGGUCUAAUGUCCGUGUGACAUAUCAGGCGGGUACAGUCAUUGAGGCAAUGGUGCUUAAAGCCUUCCCAAAUUGUAUAGCAGUUCCCCACAAAAGGUCUGAAGGUGCACUCGAGGCUGUUGAGUCUUCACUUGCCGAUAACGCUGUUCUUACUAUAGAAAAUUCAUCUAUUGGAAGCUUUCAUCAGAGCUAUGACUUGCUUCUUAGUCACAAUUUGCAAAUCGUGCAAGAAGUACAAAUGGAUGUACAGCUAUGUCUCCUGGCUUUACAUGGAGUGCAGAAGGACGAUAUACAGACAAUUUUCAGCCAUCCACAGGAUCUUGCUCAAUGCGAAUAUUCACUUUGUAAUUUAGGUGUUUCAAAGAAAAAUGUAGAUCAUGGAGCUGCUGGUGCUGAGAUUAUAUCCAAGCAAAAUUUGAGGGAUGCUGGAGUUAUAGGCAAUGCUCGUGUGGCGGAAUUGUAUGGACUUAACAUACUGGAGUGCAACUUUCAGGACGCUUUGCCUAACGUCACAAGAUACCUGGUAUUGGCCAGAACUGCUAACAUUCCCAAAGAACAUGGCCAAUAUAAGACAAGCAUUGUUUUCGGUCUUGAAGAAGGCCCUGGGACACUUUACAAGGCUUUAGUGGCAUUUUGGAAGAGAGAUUUAAAUUUACUGAAGAUUGAGAGCAGACCAAACAGGGGUAAACCAAUGAGGACUCUGGGAACUGAAAAGUAUUUCAAUUACAUUUUCUAUGUUGAUUUAGAAGCAUCGAUGGCUGAGAUCUGCGCGCAAAAUGCCUUGAAAGGAACUAGAGAUGUUUGCUACGUGCAGGAAAUCGCAAGUUUCCUGCGUGUCCUUGGCUGCUACCCAAGCACAACUAUCUGA